AUGAAAUUUCCUAACUCAGGAUGCCAUAAAUGUUUACGACAAGCUAUCCGGUGGAACGAGAUCGGUCAAGUUAGGACCGCAUCCUAUGCCUCGAAUCCCAAUGCGAUAUACCCACUGCCUCCUCCAGCUCGGCCCUCUCCACCUUCAGUACCCUCAAGUUCAGCUAAACAGCCUAAACAAGCGGAUACCAAGCCGGUGGUGAACAACGAGAUCGUCUCGACGUUGCCUAAACCCAGGUUAGACUAUCGCAGGAUAGCCGAAGAGCAGAAAGCGGUUACACUCAAUCACAUCCUCCGGAACGCACCAUGCACUCCGGACACGGUCUUUCACAUCACGCGGUUGUACGAGACCUCGAUAUCGCUACAUCGCAAGCUCGAUUCCGUCCGGGCAAAGCAGCGGGACGUGGGGAACUUGAUCAAAGCUGGAGGCGGCGACGAGGCGGUCCGUCAGGCCAAGAAACUCAAGCUCAAGAUUGUCGAGUAUGAAAAGAUCUGGGAAGAGACGGAUAAGGAGCUAUUGGAGCUGGGCUUGAUGUUGCCUAACGAGACCCACCCUGCAACACCGGUCGGAAAGGAGAAGGAGGCUAUCGAACUGGAAAGGUUCGGCCCGGAGCCGGUCGCUGCAGACAAGCGGAGAGAUCAUCUCGAUAUCGCUACCCGCUGGGGUUGGGUUGACACGGCGGCAUCAGCGACGGCUUCAGGCACGUCAUGGCCUUACCUGAAAGGUCAUCUCGCGCUUCUGGAGCAGGCUGUCAUUCAAUACGCCCUGAGCAUCGCCGUGAAGAAAGGCUGGACACCAAUUGCCACGCCGGACGUGGUCAAGGAGGACGUCAUGGCGCGAUGCGGUUUCCAACCCAGAGACGGGGCCGGCCAGACGUAUUACCUCUCCACAACCCCACCCAAUUCGGACCCUGAUGCACAACCCGUCACCCAGUCUCAAGCCAACUUGGUCUUGGCCGCCACCGCUGAGAUCCCACUCGCAGCUCUAUCGGCGAACAAGAUCAUCCCAUACCAAUCCUUGCCCUUGAAAUACGUCGGUGUAGGCAAGGCGUUCCGAGCCGAAGCGGGAGCAAGGGGCGCGGACACGAGAGGUCUUUAUCGGUUACAUCAGUUUCAGAAGAUCGAGCUUUUUGCAGUGACCGAGGGCGAGAAGCAGGUUAGCGAGGGGAUGAUGGAGGAGAUGAGGGAGAUCCAGAAAGAGCUGUAUACCAGUUUGGGGUUGAGCGUCCGCGUGCUGGAUAUGCCUACGGAGGAAUUGGGCGCCCCUGCCUAUCGUAAAUAUGACAUGGAAGCUUGGAUGCCGGGACGAGACGGAUGGGGCGAGAUCUCAUCGACCUCGAACUGUACCGACUUCCAAGCUCGAAGGCUGCAUAUUCGACACCGACCGCGUCCGGAUAAUACAGACUCCACUAUCCCGUUCGCUCAUACCUUAAACGGCACAUGCGCGGCCAUUCCGCGGUUACUCGUAGCUUUGUUGGAGACUGGAGCCGUGAUCGGUGAAGAUGGGGAAGUCACCGGUCUCCGCCUUCCUGUGGUCCUCGAGCGAUUCUGGAUAGGCGGAGAAUCGAUCGACGGGAAGGCCGCCAUACAAUGGAGUUGA